GCCGGGAGAGCAGCUCUGUGCGGGAUGUGACUUCAUGAGUGGAUGCUGAGAAAAGCGGGAGUGUGUGACUUUAACCGCCUGGCUACAACACGUCCUGCUAGGGCGAGGAGGGAGACAGUGAUAAAUCACUGGGCAAGUGCUGAAGCGACACUUACUUCUAGGGCGGGGCAAAAGCCCCACAGGAUUUUUGCGGGAAGGAGCUACUGAGCCGCGUUUUGGAAGAUGAGCCGCCGAAAGGUACCUCCACCCUUCCGUUUCUGGUCUCGUGCAAGGGGCGGCCACCCGGCGCCCGCGCCUGCGCGUGCCCUUCACAGCUCUUAGGCCUGCCCUUUCCUGGAGGGGCGGGGCGGAGCCGCCAAGAUGGCUGCGCCCGAGAAGAUGACGUUUCCAGAGAAACCAAGCCACAAAAAGUACAGGGCCGCCCUGAAGAAGGAGAAACGAAAGAAACGUCGGCAGGAACUUGCUCGACUGAGAGACUCAGGACUCUCACAGAAGGAGGAGGAGGAGGACACUUUUAUUGAAGAACAACAACUUGAAGAAGAGAAGCUAUUGGAAAGAGAGAGGCAAAGAUUACAUGAAGAGUGGUUGCUGAGAGAGCAGAAGGCACAAGAAGAAUUCAGAAUAAAGAAGGAAAAGGAAGAGGCAGCUAGAAAACGGCAAGAAGAACAAGAGAGAAAGUUAAAGGAACAAUGGGAAGAACAACAAAGGAAAGAGAGAGAAGAGGAGGAGCAGAAACGACAGGAGAAGAAAGAAAAAGAGGAAGCUGUGCAGAAGAUGCUGGAUCGGGCUGAAAAUGAGUUGGAAAAUGGUACCACAUGGCAAAACCCAGAACCACCCAUGGAUUUCAGAGUAAUGGAGAAGGAUCGAGCUAAUUGUCCCUUCUACAGUAAAACAGGAGCUUGCAGAUUUGGAGAUAGAUGUUCACGUAAACAUAAUUUCCCAACAUCCAGUCCUACCCUUCUUAUUAAGAGCAUGUUUACAACAUUUGGAAUGGAGCAGUGCAGGAGGGAUGACUAUGACCCUGAUGCAAGCCUGGAGUACAGCGAGGAAGAAACCUACCAACAGUUCCUAGAUUUCUAUGAGGAUGUGCUGCCUGAGUUCAAGAACGUGGGGAAAGUGAUUCAGUUCAAGGUCAGCUGCAAUUUGGAACCGCACCUGAGGGGCAACGUAUAUGUUCAGUACCAGUCGGAAGAAGAAUGCCAAGCAGCCCUUUCUCUGUUUAACGGACGAUGGUAUGCCGGACGACAGCUUCAGUGCGAAUUCUGCCCCGUGACCCGGUGGAAAAUGGCGAUUUGUGGUUUAUUUGAAAUACAACAGUGCCCAAGAGGAAAACACUGCAACUUUCUUCAUGUGUUCAGAAAUCCCAACAAUGAAUUCUGGGAAGCGAAUAGAGACAUCUACUUGUCUCCAGAUCGGACUGGCUCCUCCUUUGGCAAGAACUCUGAGAGGAGGGAGAGGAUGGGCCACCACGACGAAUACUACAGCAGGCUGCGGGGAAGGAGAAACCCAAGUCCAGACCACUCCUACAAAAGAAAUGGGGAAUCCGAGAGGAAAAGGAGUAGUCACAGGGGGAAGAAAUCUCACAAACGCACAUCAAAGAGUCGGGAGAGGCACAGUUCACGAAGCAGAGGAAGAAAUAGGGACCGCAGCCGGGGCCGGGGCAGCCGGAGUCAGAGCCGCAGAAGCCACCGCAGCCGGAGCCAAAGUUCCUCUAGGUCCCGAAGUCGUGGGAGGAGGAGGUCAGGUAAUAGAGACAGAACUGUUCAAAGUCCCAAAUCCAAAUAAACUUGUUUUGUUCUUAAA